UAAGAAAUGAAAAUGAUAUCUUGAAGUAUAUAUUAAUGGUGCUAAAACUUAUUGACCACCAAAUGUGAAGGCGGGAAGAGAAAAUGGUCUGGCCAAUCCGCCAAAAAGCGUCUUGUAUUUUUGCUCCAACAAUGGCAGCUGUCAGUACUCUAAGGCUUGGCUUGAGUAAUACCCAUCUGGGUGUUCAUAGACACACCUCUGGUCCAAACCAGAGAAGUUUGGCACAAGCUGAGGAAACCCAUAUAGGAUUUCUGCAUGACAUCAAAAGACAUCCAGUUGUCGGAGUGGAGGCUUUGAGUGAUGUGUCAAAAGCUAAGAAUGGGCUAAACUUUGGUGAAUUGAAGGAUAGGUUUCUGAGCUUCAAGAAGCAGAAGUUUUUGAAAGAGUCUGAGCAUUUUCAAAAUCUAGCUCAAGUUCAAGAUCCUAAGUUUAUGGUGAUUGCUUGUGCAGACUCUAGAGUAUGCCCCUCUAACAUUCUUGGCUUUCAACCUGGAGAGGCAUUAAUGAUUAGAAACGUAGCAAAUCUGGUUCCCCCUUUUGAGAAUGGAGCUUCAGAGACUAAUGCAGCCCUCGAGUUUGCAGUAAAUACUCUCGAAGUUGAAAAUAUAUUCGUCAUUGGCCACAGUAGUUGUGCAGGAAUUGAGACCCUGAUGACAAUGCAAGAUGAUGGUGAUUCGAGUAGCUUUACUCAUAGAUGGGUUGUGAAUGCUAAAGUCGCCAAAUUAAGAACAAAAGCUGCUACGCUACACCUUAGCUUUGAUCAGCAAUGCAGAUACUGCGAGAAGGAAUCGAUCAAUCAUUCAUUAUUGAAUUUGCUUGCAUAUCCAUGGAUAGCAGACAAAGUAAGGAAGAAGUUGCUCUCUAUUCAUGGGGGAUACUAUGAUUUCUUGAAUUGUGCAUUUGAUAAAUGGACACUUGAUGUAAAUGAUAGCAACAGUUCCCUGGGGGAAAAACACUACUCGGUUAAAGACCGAGAACUUUGGUUGUGAUCCAUUUCUUGCUCUUUUUCUAUUGGAUCAUCUGUGUAAAUCAUCAAUGUAUAAUGUAAGUUAGUGUUACAAGUCGCAAUAUACAGAUAAUUUCUUAAUCCUGUAAACAUAUAAUGCUCAAAUUGCAGCAUAUGUGAGAAAGGCCGAAUAAAGUAGG